UCUGUUCGUAAACACACAAGGUAACCCAAAAAGGAAGUGAUAUACUUUAUUUACAAUAUUUUCUCUCUAUAUAUAUAUAUACAUGAACGCAUAUAAGUAGGUUAUGAGUUAAAAUACAGAGUCGAAAAAGUUAUUUUGAUCAUAAUGGCUGUUCUGGGAUUGGAAUUACGACUGUAGGUAAACGCUUAUUUUAAAAUGGACGAUACUUCAGAUGCGCAACUGACGCCUUCAUCAAUACCACCACCGCCACCUUUACCUCAAGCGUCAGCGUUACCACCAGUAUCAGAGUCAGGACUUGAUCAUCAAAUGAUGUUGAAAGAACCAUCAUCACAUGUAUCUGAAGUUCAAAAGUUGGAAGCAAUCCCUUGCAAUGAUAAAGAAGACAUUUGUAAUCGCUCUGACGAUUCUAUUAAUGGGGACAGUGACGACAACGAUAAGGAUGACGACGACGACGACGACGAUGAGGAUGACAAUGUCAAGACGCUGCUGUCUUUUUAUCACGGUGGACACUGGAGUCGGCAGCAAUCAAAAGAUAUUUGUAACGUUCUAUGGAUAAACGAAAAGGAGCUAAAAAAUCUAAAUUACAGGGAAAAUGUAUGGUGUACAGCACACGUGAUUAAUUAUCUGAGGAAUAAUGAUAUGACUUCUUGGGAAGAAAAAUGGAAGGAAAUAGAAGCUGAAUCUACACAAUGGCUUAUAUCCCAGCUACAUGAGCGACAAAAUCUUGAGAUGCUGUUCAAAGAAAUUGAACUACCAAAAUCUGGUAAAAAACAAGAUGAUAAACGAUUAAGUAAAUUACGAUUGAAACGUUUUCGAAUAUUUGCUUGUGACAUAUUGUAGUAUAAAAAUUCUGCCAAAUAAAGUGUUUGUUAUUUUAAGAAAGAAGGAAUAUUGAAAUCGAAAUUCCAGUAUUGCUGGAUUCAAAGGACACGUUCUACUCGUGUGUACCUUUUUUACUUAUUUAAUGCGUUUUUUUAGGGUUUAACGUCUAUCUGUUAGAUUAAAUGAAUCGUUGUAAAUGUUACAACUAACACUAUUAUACAGAUAUUUAUGGGUAAGAGUUAUGCAAUAUUACUUACAAUCUACUAAAAUAGUGUAAAAAUAACACGAAAAGAAUUAAAGCUGAUUGAUAUUCAGUGUAUAUUGUACCCAAUUUGGUAGGUAUAGGUUUCAUCCACAAAUCUCAAGACGGUCUAAGUUCUGAAAUUAUCCAAAUCAUCUGGGUUUUUUGUCAACUCGAAAAAGAACAUUUAAUUUUAUUGUACGCUGCUUUAUAAUUCUAUGAAUAUCAAUUUUAUUGGAACAGUCAUCAAUAAAUAUGGGAACUGAUAAACUAAGCUUUAAUUCGUUCUGCAGAACAGUUUUCAGUUUGGAAUCUCUAUGACCACAACACGUGUUUUUGGAAAACCCUUCAUCAGGUAGGAUCGACACCACAAGUUUGGAAAGUUAUAAAGAGGUAGGCCCAAUUUGUCCUGACUCUAUUUCACACCUGGGCAAAUUUUCUAAAAGUACUUUAAAAUUUCUAAAAUUCACAGUAUCAUAGAUUUAUAAGUGUACUUUAAUGUUUUAACAAUAUUUGAUGUAUUUUCUAACUUAUGACCAAAUUAAAGAUGGUUCAAACUAAAAUUUUGAUAUAUUUUUGUCAAUUUUAUAUUUUAUGCACGAAGUACUAUACAUACUUUAAUAGCUAAGCUGUAAAAAAAGAGAAUGUUUUUGUAUUGCAAGCAAAACCAAGAAAAGUCUUUACAUCACGGAAAUAUUUACCUACAUUAUUGACCCUUUUCAUUGAACUGCAUACAAUUACUAAAAAAGAAAAGUAUGUAGUGCUACAAUACUAUAUAUUUUAAUCUGUUUUCCCUACAAAUAACUGAGUUGUCAUAGUGAUGUUUUUGUUUUUUGUAAUUAGUUUUUUGUGGGUUUUCUUUUCGUAAUAAAUUAACAUGUAUCUGUA